UGAACAACAUUAACUUCAAAAACAAAAUACCUAUUGUCUAUAUAAAAGACAAAAAAUUGUUCAUUGCAGUUUCGUUUUAGCUAUGCUUAUUAACACAACGAAACUCUAAUCCAAUUCCAAGGUUUUUAUCAGAGAGUCUACAAAACUCAUCAUAAGACAAACCAAGUUGAUGUAAAACUGUUACUGUAGAAAACACCAAUGUUGUCAGGGGAAACUAGGCAUGAUUGUGUGCACUACGAAUCCGAUGAUGAAACCUUUAGCUGUUCUUGCGGGUUCAUAGGGUUCGGGAGAAACCAAGUUUAUGACAGCAGCAUCAAUGGAGCAAACAAUGAAGAUUCAGAGGAGCUAUUUGAGAUCAAUCUGAAGGAGUCAUUGGAGACAAUAUCAGAAGACUGUGAGAGCAGUGUGUUCUCUUUCGACAUUCACAACGACAACGACACAGAUGUUGUUCAUGUGGCAGUAGACCACGUUGGAGAAUCAAGCAUGGAAGCCCUUUUAUGGACUUUGAACCAUGCUGUCACACCCUCUACCACUGUCUAUCUCAUACACGUUUUUCCUCAAAUCAGACUCAUCCCAAGCCCAUUUGGAAAAUUUCCUAGGAAUCGUGUGAAUGCAGAGUAUGUUUACUUUCACUUGACUCAACAGAAAAGCAAGAGAAUAUUGCUCCUUCAAGAGUUCAUUGACUUGUGCCUUGAUUCAAAGGUUAAGGUGGAAGUGAUGGUUGUAGAGGGUGACAACGUUGCCAAAGCAAUAACAGAACUAGUUAGAGAUCAUGAUAUAAGAAAACUAGUGAUUGGAAUCACCAAAUCUAAUUUAAGCAAAUCCGUGUCUAGAAGGAGAAAUGGUAUAGCAGAUAAGAUCCUGAGAAAUGCAGCAGAGAUCUGUGAUGUUAAAAUGAUAUGCGAUGGAAAUGAAGUGACAGAUGAAAUGAUUAGCAGUUUCGGAGUUGCACAUGAAGAGAAUGAAUCAUGUGGUUUUGUUCCUCUUAUGCGUUUUGUGUCCAAUCCUAUAUGGCUAUUUAGACCCAGAUUUUGAUCAAUAACCCUGUUUUAAUAUAGUAUUACCAAAAGGUGGUGCAUAAAAAUGUCAUUAAUUAGUGAAUAAUUGAUGUUUAAAGAGCUAAUUAUCAUUAUGGAGAUGUAUGUAUUAGAGAAUUGUAAUUACUGAAAGUGGCAAUUGUCUAUUCCAAGCAAUUAGUGGUGAGCAUGUGAUGCAUGAUGAUGUGGUGAGUUAGGCUGAAAGUAUUUUAUACUAAUGUUGUUGUAACGUGUGGUGGUUGCAGAGACUUCAAAUUGUUGCUCUCAAAAUUACAAUACACAUGCAUCACUGG